UUGUAAUGUUGGUGUGCGUUCACAAUUGGAACCGAAUCAAAGAAUACAAGAUAUUUUGUGUUGUCACUUUCUCAGCUUUGCUUGAUAGAGCUGUGUUGUUUCUGCUAUGAAAAAAAGUGUCAUAUAGGUUCUCACUGGUAGCUUGCAUGUAUCUGUGGACCUAUGGAGGCUUUGUUGUGCUGUUGCACUUGAGCAUUCAAAAGAGCAUGCAAUGAAAAACGAUAAAAUUCUGUCUCUUCAAUCAUCUGUGGCUGAAAUACUGCUGCACAUUUCAGAAACAUUUUUUAUAGUACAGUAUUUCUUGGAGGGACAUAAAGAGACACGAAAUCAGUUUAGGCUGUUACUGCUACUUUUGAAAUUCUUCUUUUUGUUAUAUUUGUGGUAAUUGGAUGAUUAUUAGAAGUGAAAAUAAGUUCCAUUUCUUGAAUUUUGUGCCGGGACCUGAGUACUUCGACAUUAAUGUGACAUCACGAAGCUCAAGUUGUCUUUUGUUUGUAAAAGCCUUUGCUAAGUAAACGAAAUUGCCAAGUUCAGUCUUUGGCUCUUUUAUGACGGCUAGGCCCUUGCAGGCACUGUCAAAUUCCAUGACGUCAUAGUGAGCUAGUAUGGGAGCAUAAAAGCAGGGUGUUGCCACCCUAUUUCAAUUUUUGCAUAUUUUCUGUCCUUAUCAAUCCUCCUUUGAAGGUAGAGUGACUUUAUUGGUUUUAUUUUGGGAGCAUAGUUUUGUAAUACUGCUGAGCCUGUCUCUUGUGUCCCUGUAAGGUUCCUGCACGGCUAAAUGGGAUUGUUAAAAAGCUUUCAACUGAACAUGGUUUGAGGCACCAUUCAGAUUUCAUUGAUAUUGUUUUUAUUUUCCUCUUUAGGGCACCAUGCCUGUCUAUGAGCCCGCUUCCUAUUUUUGGGUGUCGCAAACAAGAGCAAAUGCAAUGUUCACUUCGCCAUCACUACCAUCCUGGCGCUGUCGGUUCUGGCGCUUCAAGCCACGAGUUGUAGCCCGACCAUUGAGGUGGCCCCACUUAAGCUUCACGAGACAACACAGUGCUGCAUUAUAGACUUCAUAGAGAUUGUGAGUGCCAGUGAUGAUGUGCUCGACAACCUCGCAGCCUACUUGAAAGGUCGACGAGUGCCUCAUGCGUGGAAAGAGGAAGGCUAACCGGGACUGCCACCUGGCAGGAGACAGUGUGCCCCUAAGUCAACAAAACUAUACAUCCUAUGUGGAACAUCUUUCGUCGGCGAAGGUCAAACGCAGAAAGAACGAGAGUUUCACCACCCGUCUGUCGGAAGCACCGACCCCGAUUAAACAUAACAGCAUAUCACCGCAGCAGCAAAUCCUUGUGGCAGCCAAAAGUGAUCUUGAGCGUGAGAUAGCUGCUGUCAAGAAAGAAAGGGAUGACCUCACUGCCAGCCUAUCAAGCCAGCAAAGCACUAAAAGGCUGAAGACGGGGCCGAAUGCAGUUUGCGUUUCCAAGAGCUCAAGCGUUCACUGCAAACGCACAGUGACAAGAUUGCUGAAAUCCAGCAGAAAAUCCUGGGUGUGGAACCUGAGAGCCGUUUCUCCUGCGACAAAGAACAAGACAUGUUUUUUGAAGCAACACACGCAGACCACUGCAGCCAACCGAAUUACCUGAUGUACCGCUACAGCAGGCCGUACGGCACAAUUCAAUAUUGCUUCAACACCUGAAGUUUGUAUACCCUGUCAACACUCGGCAGUGUCUAAUACCAGUGGCUCCCCUGAAAGGAGUCAGCAAGUUCACCUUUCCAGUAGUCACCAGUACUACAGCAGCCGCUGCACAAAGUGGCUCGGUUCAAAGAGUCCAUACUGCUGAAGACAUGACCGAGCAAAUGCGGCUCCAGCAGCAGUAAUGAAAGCAGCAGUAAAGUGUGAUUCUUGGUGAGUGUCAAUGCCGUUCGCGAUUCUUGCUUCUGUUCAAGUGAAAUCUGGCUAGGCCUAGCUCUUCUAGCAGUGGCAGAGCAGUGCCUGCAGUGACAAAGUGUGUAUGU